UAAUCCAACGAACAUCUCCUUCCUUAUCCCGAUCUUAACCUAACCUCCUCGUUGCAGUAAAACCACACCAAUGGCGGCCACUGCCUCUAUACUCAGAUCAACCAUUUUCUUCCUCAAACCACCUUACAAACUCACCCAAACAUUUCCGAUACACCGGAACCUCCACCACAACCGCCCAUUCACCCGCCAUUUCUCCACCCCCCGCCCCAACAUCAUUCAAAUCCUCGAACAACGCGGCCUACUCGACUCCCUCACCGGCGAAUCUCUCCGUACAGUCUGCUCCGAUCAAUCGAUUCGCGUCUACUGCGGCUUCGACCCUACCGCCCAGAGCCUCCACCUCGGCAACCUCAUCGGCCUCAUCGUCCUCUCCUGGUUCCUCCGCUCUGGCCACUCCACCGUCGCUCUCGUCGGCGGCGCAACCGGCCGCGUCGGCGACCCAUCCGGUAAGUCCCUCGAACGCCCCGAACUCGACCUCCAAACCCUAGAACGUAACAUUAACGGAAUCUCACAGACAAUUGUUAAUAUCCUAAACCCUAACCCUAACGGUUCAACCGGUUCUGUUACUGUGUUGAAUAAUUAUGACUGGUGGAAAGAUGUUAAGCUACUUGAUUUUUUAAGAGAUGUUGGGAGAUAUGCUAGAGUUAACACAAUGAUGAGUAAAGAGAGUGUGAAAAGAAGAUUAGAAUCAUCUGAUCAAGGUUUGAGUUAUACUGAAUUUACAUAUCAGUUGUUACAAGGGUAUGAUUUUGUUCACUUGUUUAAACAUGAGAAUGUGACGGUUCAGAUCGGCGGGUCGGAUCAAUGGGGGAAUAUCACCGCUGGGACCGAACUGAUUCGGAGACUUCAUCAGUCAGAUUCGGCUUACGGGGUUACAUUCCCGCUUUUGUUGAAAUCGGACGGUACUAAGUUUGGGAAGUCGGAAGAUGGUGCGAUUUGGCUCUCGCCGGUGAUGUUGUCGCCAUAUAAGUUUUACCAGUAUUUUUUCUCGGUGCCGGACGAGGACGUGAUUCGGUUUUUGAAGAUUCUUACUUUCUUGAGUUUGGAUGAGAUAGAGAAGAUUGAGACGGGGAUGAAGAGUAGCGGGUAUGUGCCGAAUUCAGCUCAGAGGAGGUUGGCGGAGGAGGUGACGAGAUUUGUUCACGGGUCGGAUGGGUUGGAGGAAGCGGUUAAAGCGACGGAGGCUUUGAGGCCGGGGGCUGAGACGCGAUUGGAUUGGAAAACGAUUGAGGGGAUUGCAAAGGAUGUGCCGUCGUGUUCUUUGAGUUACGAUCGGGUUUUGGAUGUUAGUGUUGUGGAUUUGUCGGUUUCGACGGGCUUGAUUGAGAGUAAGUCUGCUGCUAGGAGGUUGUUGAAGCAAGGUGGAUUGUAUUUGAACAAUGGGAGGGUUGAUAAUGAAGGGAAGAAGAUUGAGGCUGAUGAUAUUGUGGAUGGGAAAGUUUUGUUGUUGUCGGCCGGGAAGAAGAACAAGAUGGUUGUAAGAAUAGCUUGAUCAUGUUUCAUAUGUUUUGCAUACAUUUUUGGCUCAUUGUUGGAUUCAAUUUAGUGUUAUAAUGCUAUGAACCUAGAGGAAUUGUAAUCGAAGUUUAUAAAACGAAAACUGAUAUUUCUCAUAUAAGCUUAUGUUAUAA